AAGACUUCCUAACAUCACCACGAUCGCCACCAGCAACUCAACCAUAAUGCUGUCUCAAUCUCGCAUCGUCGCGCGCCGCGCCCCAACAGCCGCUCUUCGCCGCAACUUCUCAACCACACGCCCUCAGUUCGCUUCGCCAUACCACUACCCAGAGGGUCCACGAAGCAACAUUCCCUUCAACCCGUUGACCAGAUUCUUUGCUUUCCGAUACUGGGCUUUCAUGGCGACUGGAUUUGGACUACCAUUCGGCGUUGCUGUCUGGCAAACAUACAAGAACCAAUAGACGGACUAGGAUGGGACGGAGGAUAUGGGCUGCGGAGGAUGGUCAAUCAUCGACGUGUGGCUUCAGAAGACCGACAUAGAAACCAUGGCAUUGUACAGAUACUUCUCACGCCAUUUCAUAUGUCAAUCAUCGAUGAACUGAAAUAUACCUAUGACCUCUUUCAAUACUUGACUGAUUCGACUGAUGUG